GAGUCAUAAAAGGAAAACCGAAGCCUAAUGUCACUUGGUACUUCAUGCAACAAAAAACGUCUGCUUACAUAAAAUUAGCAAGCACGGGUGAAAAAUUGCACAUAGACAAUUUGAAUGCAGAUAAUACUGGCCUCUAUAAAUGUGUGGCGGAAAACUCUGAAGGAAAUGAUAACCACCAAGUCAACGUAUCACAAGGAAUAGUAGCAGUAGAAGCGGGGGCGCCCGUACACUUAGAUUGUAUCACACAAGAUUCGUCCGGUCCUCGCGUGCGCUGGUAUUUCAAUGACAAAGAAAUUCUAAAUGGUGGAAGAUAUCAUAUUUAUAUUAAUCACACUUUAAGCUUCCUAUCAAAACCAAGAGAUGCCGGUGUAUAUAAAUGUGAAGUGUUAGGUGGCCUUGGCAAUAGUAAUAGGACAUAUCAUUUAGAAGUGCAAAAGCCUGUUCCAGUCUCUAUAACAGCACCGCUUAACGUCGAUAUAAAUUUGCUUAAGGGUGAUUCUGAAACCUUAGUAUGCAAUGCAGUUGGAGUGCCUGCACCUACAGUUCAAUGGGCUUAUCUGAAUUUCGACGCUAACGUUACUCGAACAUUUAACAUCGACAAGUCAAGGGAUUUGACUUUAACUGAUGUUGAUGUUAACGAUGCUGGAUAUUACACAUGCAUUGCGAAUAAUGGCGGACGGAACAUGUCACUCACAUAUAGGGUUUAUGUUAAUGUUCCACCAAGCAUUGACAAACCACCUAAAAAGGUAAUUGAAGCAGUAAUUGAGGAUAGAAUACUGGUGAUACGUUGUGAUGCUCACGGCACUCCUGUCCCAACAAUCAAAUGGCAAAGAAACGGAGCCGAUCUUGUUAUGGGUGUGAGCAACAUUAUUAAUGUAAAUAAUCGGUUAAUUAUAUACAAUAUAUAUGAUGUUACCGAAACCAGUGGCACCUACACCUGCAUAGCGUCUAAUAUAGCAGGCACCGCUUCUAGAGAUUAUGAGGUUCUGGUCACACUAAAACCCGCAUCCGUAAGUGCAUCUUCGCAGUUAUGUAUCGACAAAGGUAAACCAAGCGAAGUCAAGUGUAGCAGAAUACUCCCCACGUCUCUAUCCAGCAAAAUAGUCUGGUUUUGUCAGGAUAAAAUUUAUGUAGGGGAUACAUUAAAGUUGAGUGGUUAUGAAGACAAUGACACGAAGUGUGUAUGCCGCGUAAGCUCCUUCGAAGCGGAAGACGCAGUAAAUUACGCAAUUAACAUUAAGAUUUGUUUUGCGCCAGUAUUUAACAACAAAUUGAAAACAUUCAAUACAUAUGUGUUAAGAAGCAAUUUAGAUUGUAAAGCUGAUGGGUACCCUCUUCUCAAGAUUACGUGGUACAAAGACGAUGUGCUUCUGCCUAUUUCGACGGAUACAUUGAGAGCAGAUGAUGUGGCCACAUACAAAUGUGAAGUGACCAAUAAUUUAGGCACACAGACCAGAAAAUUCAAGGUUAUUCGUGAAGAAUGCAUCAUAGAUAUUAAAAAGUAUACAAGCAAGCAACGUCCGUUCCUAUCGAAGGGAAUACUAAGACCACUUACAGACUUUAACGUGGAAAACGAUUUAAUCCGCAUACCCAAAAACACAUUUAUUACCUUAGAAUGUCCCAACAAUUAUAUUAUAUUAGAUCACAAAAACAUCUAUCUUAGUAGCCUAAAAGUUAAAUGCAAACAGGACUCUCAAUUUGAAACAGACAGACGCAAUAGAAAAAUAUCAUCCAACGUUGAUUUGUAUGAUUUUGAGUGCAGUGAGGAACCUAGGCCUGCUCUUCGUAAUAUUAUUAUGCCGUGUAAUUAUUUAAACGAUUAUAAAAUUAUAAACGUGGGAUAUCAAAGCAGUUCAAGUUUUCAAAUCAUGUACAGUGUAUGCUUCAAUAUAGUCAGCAAAGAAAUAACUUUCGCGCAGUAUACACUACAUCAUUUCGGACAUCGUACUAUUAGAUAUUAUGAGUACCAAAACAACAAAUACAUGGAGGACGAGUCUGAAAUCUAUGAUUGUGAAUCGCAAAGAAAAUUCCUACUGGAAUCCUUUGGGUUUGAUGAUUGCAAUAACAAAUGUUGUUUUAGAAGACGACAAUUAGUCAAUCCGCAAGAUUUAUAUCCUAGUUAUGAAGCAGCUGCCUUCAAUAACAUUAAUAUUGUACCUCAUUCGACUGUGUGUACUCCUAAUUGGAGCGAGAUAGAAGAACGAAUCCUAGCUAAAGCCAAUUCGAAUGGGGAAAAAUUUGAAAUAUGGACUGGCAUUUAUGACCAUCUACAACUCGAAUCGUUUGGACUUAUUGAAAAAGAGGUUACAAUUCGAAAUAAGAAAAAAAUUCCUAAACUUUUAUGGAAGGUAGUAUACAGUAUAAGAUUGCGUGCUGCUAUUGCAAUAAUUCAGAUCAAUUCACCGAUAAUUCUUGAUGCUAAGGAAAUAGAAAAGUACGUGAUGUGCCGAGAUGUCACCGACAAAGUGAAAUGGUUACACAACCCCGAUUGGAAAGAUCCGAGCAAAGGCUACACGUAUAUCUGCAGAAUUAAAGAUUUCUUACAUGCCUUUAAUCAUAUAAUUUACUUGAAGGGGGUAAAGAGGAUGCUUGUAUAAUUUAUAAAGAAGUAUUAAGGCAGUAGCGUAUUGUAUUGUGUUUGUCAGAUGUGUUACAAUGCUGCUAAGGCCGGCCUGCCUCCCCAAAGCGCUUCCACGAAUCGCGAUCUCAUACUGUAAAGAUCAGUCAUUUAUAAAAUGGUCUAGUUCAGCCACCAUCUCUCCCUGGCCUGGCACGAUUCUAUUUUACUAUGUCUGAAUUCCACAGUGUUGUUAUCUUAGCACACAGUUUGUCCGGCAAGAAAGUUGGAUUAAAUUAGCUAAUUAGUGUAUUAAUUUGUAAUUUAAAUUAUUAUUAAGAAAUU